CAGAAGCCGGAUUGAUACCGAAAAUGGCAGUCACCUGGAUGAGUGAAAGCGUUCCAAAUUGUCUUCUCAAAAGUGCACAUGAAGGAAAGCUUGUCAAGUUCACUGUCACCAAGGAUUUUCCUACAAUUGGUCCGCGUUUGAAAACAAGCUGUUCGAUUUUCUCCAUCUGCAUUGGUCGAUUCUUCAAGAAACUCCGAACGGAUUAUCCGGACCAAUAUGUUGACCUGCACUUUCACACAUACGAAGCUCCUUUUGUAAAAAUGCAAGAUGAUGAUGUAAAAAUCAAUGUCACUUUUGCUGUGGACUUCUACAUCAAUCCGAUGAAGCAACACCUCAAGCCUCUGGCUAGACUAAUACUUUCGUCAUCAUCCACAGUAAUCCCAGAAAUUAUUCGAAACAAAUUCUCUGGCAAUUUGACUGAAACUACUGACGAUAUUCGAGAAGAUUUUUCUGACAUUGGUGAAAUUCCUGAAACGUUUUUGAACCUUUUCAAGAAGUUAUUCACAAUGACAAGUCGAGUCAUCGUCGAGUCCAUAUUGCAUAAAGGAGUUCCAAUUCCAGUAUUUGACAAUGUAACGAUAUCAGGAUCAUCCGAGAUUCGUGUCUUCAACAAGUAUAUCCGUUUAAAUGCUGAUUUUGAGUACGAAUAA